UCGGUCGCCGAAGCUAAACAAACGUGACGCUAGUACGACCCGCCAUCUAGCGGUGAAUUCGGUUACGCGCACCUGCCCGCUUCGCAUCGCAUAGACUCGCUCGCGACAUUCUCCGUCGCGCUCGCACCACAGGCACGUAAAAAUAACCUCAAAACGCCUGAUCCCGAAACGACCAAUCACCAAAAUAUUGUUCUUCCUCACCAUUCUACCUGUGACAUCGACUGUUAACACAAACACGAGUGUAGUGAACGUGACGUAACUGCAGACGACGAUACUUGGAUUGCACAGUGUUCCUUCACAGUGAUAUUGUCAAAAUCGAAAGUUACCAAAGGACAAAUGUUCUGUUUGGUGGGCUGUCAUCGGGCAGCCCCCAAAUUCGGUGGAAUUAUGUGGUGGUGUUUAUUUUUAUGUGUGCUAAGCGCUAAGACGUUUGGAGUUCUUGGUUCUAAUAGCACCGAAGUAAAAUACGGCGAUGUAUGUUCGGUGAAGCAGUUCCAGUGUGCGAACGGGAAGUGUAUACCGCUGUCGUGGGUGUGCGAGGGAGAGAACGACUGCGGUGACAACUCCGAUGAAAACAUUGAAGAAUGCAAAAAAGAAAGUCGCACGUGCACAGCAUCAGAGUUCCGUUGCAAGACGGGACGAUGUGUGCCGAUGUCGUGGCGAUGUGACAACGAGAAGGAUUGCUCCGAUGGGUCCGACGAAGAACCGGGAACUUGUAAAGUGGAGCCAUGCGGUCCAGAAGAAUUCACCUGCCGAGGAAAACUAGGCGAAUGUGUACCACUUACCUGGAUGUGCGACGACAAUCCUGACUGUUCAGAUGGCUCCGAUGAGAAAGCAUGCAGUAAGGAUGAAACGUGUCGUUCGGACGAGUUUACCUGUGGGAACGGCAAGUGUAUCCAGCAGCGAUGGGUGUGCGACGGUGACGACGACUGCGGAGAUGGCAGCGAUGAGGUGAAAUGUGCAGCACCAACAUGCCAGCCCCAUACACACUUCUCUUGCGCUGACGGACACUGCGUCUCAGCCCGGUGGCGUUGCGACGGAGACAUUGACUGCCCAGAUGGCAGCGAUGAAAUGGGAUGCGCGACAACACCGAAGGUAACAUCACCUUGUAUAUCUACGGAGUUCGAGUGCCGGGACAGAAUGACAUGUGUGCAUAAAGCUUGGGUGUGCGAUGGUGAUAAGGACUGCCCGGGUGGCGACGACGAAGCACAAGAGCUCUGCCGAGGAAACGUCACCUGCAGACUCGAUCAGUUCCAAUGUAAAGACCACACUUGUAUACCUGGAGCUCUCUACUGCAAUGGCAAUAAGGACUGUCCGGAUGGUAGCGAUGAGCUGAAUUGCACUCGGCCGAAACCGCCAUGCGACAAGAAAACAGAAUUCGAUUGCGGCGGUGGCAUGUGCAUUCCACUCAGCAAAGUCUGCGAUAAGAAACCCGACUGUCCCAAUUUCGAAGAUGAACCUCGCGAUCGUUGUGGUGAAAACGAAUGUGCCAAGAACAAUGGUGGGUGCACGCAACGCUGCGUUGACACACCUGUUGGAUACUACUGCGACUGCGAAAAAGGCUACAAGCUCGUCGAUAACAGGACCUGCGAAGACAUCGAUGAAUGUGCGGAUCCGGGGGCGUGCUCACAGAUGUGUAUCAAUGAGAAAGGAACUUUCAAAUGCGAGUGUCAUGCUGGUUACGCAAGAGAUCCUCGUGACAGAACCCGUUGCAAAGCAACUGAAGGCCACCCAUCAUUACUUUUCGCUAGACGCUUCGACAUCCGCAAGAUCAGCCUAGAUCACCAUGAAAUGGUUGCAAUCGUUAACGAUACCAAGUCGGCAACGGCAUUAGAUUACGUGUUCAGAACCGGAAUGAUCUUCUGGAGCGAUGUUACGGAUGAGAAGAUUUACAAGGCUCCAAUCGACGAAGGUAGCCAACGUACUGUGGUUAUAGGCGACCAAUUGAUCACUUCAGAUGGUCUCGCAGUAGACUGGAUUUACAACCAUUUAUACUGGACAGAUACUGGCAAGAACCAUAUUGAACUCUCAGAUCUGCAAGGCAACAUGAGGAAGAUUGUCAUCAGGGACCAGUUGGAGGAGCCUAGGGCGAUUGCACUGAAUCCUUUGGACGGUUGGAUGUACUGGACCGACUGGGGUCAAACUCCAAAGAUCGAACGCGCUGGCAUGGACGGCUCUCAUAGGCAGACCAUCGUAUCAUACGACGUCAAAUGGCCCAAUGGUCUCACGCUUGACCUUGUUCGCAAACGAGUCUAUUGGGUGGAUGCGAAACUGAAUACAAUUUCGUCUUGCAACUACGAUGGUUCAGCGCGACGAGUGAUCCUGUACUCUACUGAUGUCCUUCGUCAUCCCUUCUCCAUCACCACAUUCGAAGACUGGGUCUACUGGACUGACUGGGACAAAACAGCUGUUUACCGCGCCAACAAGUUCAACGGAAAGGAUGUUGAGGCUAUCACUUCUACUCACACGCUGCAAAAUCCUAUGGUGAUUCACGUCUACCACCCGUACCGGCAACCAGACGGCGUCAACCACUGCGCUGCUGUCAACGGCCACUGUUCUCACCUCUGCCUCCCCGCGCCCAGGAUAGGUGCCCAUUCCCCUCGAGUCUCCUGCGCCUGCCCCAACGGUCUUAGGCUACUGCCUGAUAACCAGAUGUGCGUCGAAGACAAUACAGUUAUACCGGAUGAGGAGCUUCAAAAACAGACUAUUCAUCCAAACGAAACUAAAAUUAUUCAGGCUACACCUGCAACCAGUGUAACGGAAGGUGCACCUAAAGCAGGGUCUGGAAUCUCAACUAGUGGAAGAGACGCUGGCGUGGUCGCCGGAAUAGUUGUUGCUGUAAUUUCUGGUGUUAUUAUAUUAGCAGCUUUGAUUGCGGUGGUUAUGUACCGACAUUACGUCCAUCGCAACGUGACGUCGAUGAACUUCGAUAAUCCUGUGUACCGCAAGACCACGGAAGACCAAUUCGCGCUCGAGAAGAAUGGAUACGCGCCGGGCAGCAAACUAUACCCCAGCACCGUGGGCGAGGAGGCUCAAGAACCUCUCAACACACCCGGUACAAAUGACUUUGUAUAGUGCACAUGCUGGCAGUAAAUACGUUAGUAUGUCAUUAAAUGUGAAAAGAAAAAGAAGGACAUGUGAUACUAAAAAAUAAUGUGAACCAGUGAAAGGGAUGCGCUGACGUUUUACUAGUGAACCCAACAUGGUUAGAAUUAGUGCAGUGGCAAGUGUGAAGCUCCGCGGAACGUAGUUCUGUCCGCUCAUACCUCGCGCCGAUAUGGAUCUCAAAAUUAUGACCGUGUCAUUGACUCCAUCAUAUCACAUCACAAGUUGAUCAAUCAACUCUUUUGUACGGAAAUGGGAUCUUGGCAAAAGUUUUGUACUGCAUAGUCGUAUCACAUUAUAUUAUGUGUAGAGAUUAGAAGGGACAUGUUCGCUAUUAUUUCCUUUUUAGACUGUGAAUAGCAUUAAUUAGAGAUUCCAAUUGCUUUACCGAGCAAAUGCCUGGUGCAUUAUUAUUUAUAACGAGUUUACAAAUUUUUAUACUAUUUUAAUUAAGAAAUUUUAAUGCUAUGAUUUUGUAUACUUAACCGUCUUUUUUAUCAAAUUGGCAUCUGUCUGUGGCCUCUGACAACAAAGCUCAUAUUUUAUAGUGAUAUGUACUUAUUCAGAUUUGCAAUGGAUUUCUAUUUCUAUAAUAACUAUAGCAUUGUCAUAACAUUUUUGAUCUGUACAUAAAAUAAUAAUAUCUUUUCUUGUAGAUCCGACAAGUAAUGAUUAUGUGUACAAAAUGUAAAAGUUUAAAAUGUAUACCUAUUAAUACAUUGUGUGAACAUUGUAUUGAACACGUUUUUAUUACCUAGAUAUGCAUGAUCCAAUAAUCAUCCUGGUAAUUUAUUUUAUUUAUGUGUAUCAUAUACUUAUAUAGAGCCUUAAGAAAUUUUAUUUAUUCGGUAUCAUACUUAGACAAAGUUAGGUCAUUGAAGCAAACAGCUGUUGUGUGCCAAUGAUAGGAAAAUUUGUUGCCAAAUUCGUUUUAGUAAAAUUCACCGACAGCUGAAUUUAAUAGCAAAAUAAUUUCCAGUCACGUUUGUUAGGUAUAUCUAUUUACUUAAAUUUAUUACUUAUAUUAUGAAAAUUGUUAUACAUUAGUACAGUUUAUAUUUAUAUUAUAUUUUAAUAUAAAGGUUGUGUUGUACCAGCCAAUGUAACUGUGUAUUAAUCGCUAUUUGGAAUGUGACUUUGUCAAGCAAAAUCCUGCCAAAUCCUAAUCUAAUUAACCUAUUUGUAAUGUAAUUCAAUUACAUUGAAAAUAUACUUGAUGCACAUUUCAUACAAUAUGGCUAGCUCAAUAAGUGUGGUCACUAAAAUUAUUGUGUAAAUAUUGUCAGUAAAAUAUAUGUAAAAUGUGUUAA